AUGUCAAGCGUGACACCAGGUCCCAAGCCCGGGUCUGGAAGAAUCCGUCGAUCACGGCGGAUUUUUGAUGGCGAUGGGUUCACGCCGUUGUCUGGUGUUGCGAAAACUCCUCGUGGUAGAGGUCGUGGCCGGGGAAGAGGAAGGUCUCGUGGCAGUGGAAUAAGUGUUCGCGGAAGAAAAUCCGGCAUUGCUCGAGGAAAGUCUGAUAGACCUCGUGGUGGGAGCCAGUCUCAUCCCCGUUCCAAGCCACCGAGCGACAAUGAGGACUAUGAUGGCUAUUUCAUGUCGGACGAGUAUGACGAAGAUGUUGAAACUCGGGAGUACCUUGAUUCCGAAUCCGACUCGGAUUCCCUCGGUUUGGAUGAAGACUUUCUUGACAAUGUCAGCGAAGUGGGAAGUGCAUCCCCCGGAUUAGUCUCACGAUCGCCGUCUCCCUUACCUGUUUGGCUUCAAGAUCGUCCUGAUCUCCCUGUCUUGGUACUGCCGCCGUCUUCUGAAGACCUGCUUAUCGAAACCCCGCUUGUCUUGCGUGCAUUGUCUGUCUACGAACUGAUCAUGCAUUUCAGCAGGGCCUUCCGGUUAUCACCAUUCAGAUUUGAAGAUUUUUGUGCGGCUUUAGCUGCAGAAGAGCAGAGCACACUUCUUUCUGAAAUGCAUAUGCAAUUGCUUAAGGCAAUCCUAAGGAAUUGUGACCAGCAAGCAGUUACGUUUGGUGCACCCGAUCUCAGAGACGUCAUCAACAUAGAUUUCUUCUUCUUGGAUUGCAUGACGUGGCCCGCAGUGCUGAAGUCCUACUUCGAAAGCCAUUCAAAGUUCAUGGAUGCCCUUCACAUAGUAACCGAAAAGAAUUAUCCUUAUUGUGAAGCUGAAGAUCGUUUGGUAGUUCUGGAAGCAUUGGUAGAUGAGCUCAUGCUAUCAAAUUCCGUUCGAGAUCAAGUUAAUAAUUACGAUGGCAAAAUUCCGCAUGAGGAUCAUUGUCGAGGAUGUCAAACAUUGGGGGAAUUGUUGUGCUGUGAUACUUGCACUGCCGUUUAUCACCUGGGGUGUUCUCAACCACCGCUACUUGACGUUCCGACAGAGUCGUGGCAAUGUCCCAUCUGUGUCGCAGAGAAGCGGCUGUUCGAUUUGAAGGUUGCCGGCGUAACUGAUUGCGUGAGCCUUGGAGAUCGACUAUCCAUUCGUCAAGAGCCUCUCGGCUACGAUCGUCAUGGGAGGAAGUAUUGGUUCCUGUGCCGGCGUUUGUUGGUAGAGAAUGAAUCCACUGGUGAAGUUUGGUAUUACUCGACUGAGACCCAACUGGACGAGCUUUUGUAUGUUGUCGACCCUGAUGAUCUUGAAGCACAGUUGUGCGAAAGAAUUAUUACUGUUAAUGAAACUCUGCGAGAGCAGAUGAGAAUCACUUUUGAAAUCACGGAACGUCACAAAGUUCACGGGAAGCAAGUUUAUUUGAACUUGGAAAUCGACGAAUCUAAAAAGCGUAUAGAAGAUCUCAAGUAUGUUGCGGAAAAGGCGGCUGAGGAGAAAGCUCAGCAAGCUGCAGCGAAGGCAGCUGAAGCAAUGGAAGCAGAGCAAGUUUUAGCUGCAGCGCAGCUUGAGGAACUGAACGUGUUUUCUCAAGAGUCCGGGGAGGGCCAGUCGUCUGAGGGAGUUUCUAGCCGAGUUGAACCAAGUGCGCAAGGCGUGAAAUCCGCCGAGAUUCCGAAAGUAGGCGGAAUGCUGACAAGGAUAAAAACUGGAACUAUCAUGCCAACAAAAUAUGCCGUUGAAGAUGGAAAGUCUUCUAGUAAACCAUCUUCUCAACGAGUUGACUUAUCCAGACCAAAACUUGGCAGCGGCCCUUACAAAUUAGGAAUGGAAGGAAAUCAUAAGCACUACAUCAACCAGUACACCUCGAAUCCUCUGGCAUUGAGCAAACAGCAACAUCAAGAAGAAAAAGAUCGUCGCACUCAGUUAGCUCGUAAAUUUGCCCUGAACCAGGCGAAAGAAUUCGAAUGGACCGGCGUUGUCAAUGGAUCGGAAAACAUGUCAAUUCAGACGCUUCGACAAACCGUCCUGAAUCUUCAGCAGCAGAUUGCAGAUCCGUUUGUAAUUCCGAACUGGCCUAAGGUUCAUCCAACCUGGAAUAAGCUGAUUCGAGAUGCUAAUGCAGUGUCUCACUUUCGUCUUACGCUCACUGUAUUGGCACAAUGCGUCAAAACCCCCGUUUUGAUGUCAGUUUGGAACGAGGGUGGUGGUCACACGAGACUCGUGAUGGAAACCGUCACUGAUCGUGAGCAGCAAAAGAAACGGGAGAAAAAAGAAGCCAGAGCACGGGAGGCCAUGGAGGAGUUCAGCAAGAUACAAGGAACUUACGUCAAGUACACGUUGGGAUUGAAGCAUCAAGUUGCAAGACUCAAAGGCGAAGAUUAUCGAGUACACGGAAAUGGAGGCUGGUGUUGGGUUUCCAAAUCUCGGAUGAAGCGAUCAUUGGAUGCCCGCACUUGCGGUUUGCGUAAAGGGCCACACAAGUGCAUUGUGCAGACGUCUGGAGGACUCGAGUGUGUUACCACAGAUGAAAUUGAGAAACGCUUGGCACGAUUUCCUGACGCCCUGAUUCUUCCCCCGGCAUCAAGACUGCCUGACGAUGCCAUGGAUGACAUCGGUGAUAUUUUCAGUCCGGAAGAUGAUGAAGCAGAAAAGGAAGAAUCUGCCCAUGGAAUCUUGAAAGCAAAAUCGCUCGAAAGUUCACUGACCCGAGAGAAGUUGAUCACAUUGUUGCCGCCCGUGAAUCCAAGCCUGCUGGGUAUCGUCGACGUCAGCGCCGCUUUAAGUGACGAACUUCCCGAAGGCGGGGUAGAUGCAGAAAACGCGGAGCGACGUUCGCUGUAUCCAAAAUAUGGGAGGACUGGCGUGUUGGAUGGUUUAUUGUCAGCACGACGACUCCAAAUGGCGGAGGCGAACGAAGUCGUAGAAAGACUUAUCAUUCGGAAAGACCCAAGUGCCAUCACUGCCUUGUUGGAGGCAGAAGAUUCCAGGAAAGAUGAGCCGAUUCCUUUGCCUGAUAUUGAAGUGGAAGAUGAUGAAGUGCGGGAUGCGCUGCAGUUUUUGCGUGACUCUAACAGUGGUCCAGACAACCAAGCGGGUUUCCAAAGGAUUUUGGAACUUGGAAAGGAGACCUAUCCAUGGCUGAGUCUGCACUUCACGUGUUAUUCGCCGAACUGUCAAAUGCCUAGAGGUAAAUCUGCUCCUCCACCUCCGCCUGGGACUCCGCUUUGCUACUCGACCGGAUGCAGGAAACGGAUGGAGUGUCACAGACGUCUUGCUGAUUUAAAGAAAGCCCUAAUGGUCAUCAAAGAACAUCGCGACAAAAACAAAGCCGAGCAAGCCGUGCGAGAAGCUCAGCGUCAGGAGCGUCGACGGAAAAUUAUCGACGCUGAUCCGGGUCCCGAAGACAUCAUUGUGUAUCAGUGUAAAACUAAAGUGACUUUGCGUGCCGACGUUUUGACUGACGAGUUCCCGGCGAAACGAAAGCUCGAUAAGAAGAAAACGUCGGGUGGGAUCUCGAACUCGUUGAUCCCAUUGACAUCUCGAUUCAAGGGAGCCAAUUCCGUGUCAAAUCUGCUGCUUCCGCCGAAAUACGAAGUUCGGAGGUGCUCCAGACGCAAGGGAAAGUUCAACUUCUCAGGAUUUUUGUACAGUGCGAAGCAAUUUCCGCUUCAUUAUUGGCCGUAUCCUUGCCCGAGGCCCUCCUUCAAAACAACAUGGCUUUGGCAUUGUUCACGAAUGCGUUCAGUGCACGAGGCUGCCUUACAGACCAGGCUUCUUUGGGCUUGCGUUCGUUGGGAUUCGAUGAGCAUGCGUCCACCAGCCGAUGCGAGAGCUUUUGCUCCGCAGGUUAUGACGGAUGACAACGAUAUUAUUCGAACAGAGAUCCUGGAUAAAAGAACUUCGGGAGAAUUCAAUGAGAAAACGCAAUAUCUCGUCCGGAAAGUAGUCAUUCCAGUUGAUACUCCGAAAGCAUCCGUACGAGAAAUUCCGUCGAGGCUAGGUCUAAGAACUCGCCGUUCACAACUCACGGAAAACCUGAACCAGUCGCCAACUGUUGUAGAGGACUGGGUUUUCGAAGAUGCGUUGGAGUUGUGGGAGAUCAAACGGUUCCACGAAGGGUUGGAGAAGGCAUCUCAUCUUUUGAAAUUGAAAGAGAAGGGACAGCAUUUCAUUGACCAACAAACCUUGUUGAUGGGCGAGAAACGCGCCAAGUUGGAGAAGGAGAAUGCUCUCAAAGUGGAGCGUGACGAAAAGAGAAGAGAAGAAAUGGGCUGGGCUGGAUCUGCUGCGAAACUUGCUGUGUUAAGUGCUUCGAAAGAUGCCAACGUAUCGCUUUUGACGGAAUCGGGUUCUCCGACCCUCAGCACAAUUGCACCGGACGGCACGAAGCGACCAAAUGCCGAGAUGAACGCCAUGUUUGAAGAAACUUUGAAGCUACAACGAUUGAAGCGGAAACGCUUGGGCGGAGAACCCCAAUAUUCGACCUCUCCUGCCCUCAUGGAAAUGCGAAAGCGUGAAAGCGGUGGUGAAGGCGACUUUUUGGCAUUUUGCCGCAAUGUUGCGCAAAAAGAAGGCCUGAGCGAGUCGAAAGUCAAUCAGACAGAUGGGAAUAAAGUUGCCCGACCUCCGACUGCGAAUCUGUCUUCAACUCGAAUCGUCCAGCUUGGUGAUAAGAAAGGCUGGGUCAUUCGAGGUCCGCCACCAGCUGGAUUAGGCAAGAGCAUUCCCAGGCUUGUCAUGCAAGGAUCUCAACCAGGCUCACCUGCCAGACUCAUUGUUCGACAGAACAAGACUGUCCUUUUGAAACCCGAUAUGCCAUCACCAGUUCAGCCGCAACUAGAGACAGAUCAGCAAAACACAAACGAAGUAGUCGUGAGUUCUGCUUUAGCUGAACCGGAAGCAUCAAAUGCUCUGUCCGGGCAGCGAGUUGCGUUCACCCCACUUCCGGAUGGUAGAAUGGGCGUCGUCUCUCUUAUACCCGGUCAACAAAUAGUCAAAGCUGCCGACGGAACCCUGCACCUAGUCUUGAAUGCCCAGUCCGCAGGCACACAGGAAACCACGAUAUCUAUGGAUGAUGGGUCGCAUGUCGAAGUGCCGCAUUAUGACCCGAAUUUCGGUCAUACGGAAGGCGGUGAUGGUGAAGCCCUUCAUGAUUCGUUAUUGGGUUCGAGUGGGCACGUUAUGGUGCAGAAUCAAGUGCUGCAUCAAGAGCAGUUGCUGCAACCUGGUGAAGAGCUUUUAUCGGUUGGAACGGAACAACUGGUGGACGAGUCGCAGCAGUCCUUGUUGACCAUGUCCGGACUGAGUCAGAACUCGCCAUUGAAUAUCCACCGGGAAGUGCCGAAUUCACAAUCGUCAUUUUCUCGCGGUGACCACGGAUUUGCCGCGAUCAAGUCCAAAGCCAGAAGCAGGAACAAGCAGACUGGGCCGAUCGUGAGAAUAGUUCCAGGACCGAAUGAGCCCACCGUUCUUUGUGACGUAACCCUCACAGCGCAGCAGAAAAUCGCUCUCCGUGCCUUGCUGCCCGAUUCAAUGAAAACAGUACAAAACACAAAUCAAUCGAUUUAUAUUCAAUUGCCACCUGCGCAAGUUCUGCGGCCGUCGACUGGUGGACAGACGAACCCGUUGUUAUCCGAAGCCACACGUAAAAAAAUACCUGGAGUGAGUGAAGAUGAUAAUCAAGCACAAGCUUGCGUUGAUGAAAAUGAUCUCCAAGCCGCACUCGAGUCCAUUACGCGCUUUCCGGUUCGAAAUCGCCAGAAACCAAAGCGUCCCCAGAUCCAGAAGAGAGGCUCACUCGGCGAAGAUCAUCCGUUUGGCAGCUCGAAACGUCAGGAUCAUUUUGUACCUGAUGUUGUUGAGCACCAACCCCGUGCCUCGGAACUUAUGCCGCCGGUUGUUGACAUGCCGAUGGACUCGAGAGAAUUCAUCGUUACGUCGGACUAUGUAAAACAAACUAUCCAAGCGGCAUUGAAGCAGUCAAACCUCAGCGAUGGUAUGGCGAAAAAAUUGCAUGCUAUGCAGAAGAUGCAAGCGGAGAAAGACGCUGUUGCCGCGGCGACGAUGGCGACUGUUCAAAAAACAUCGGAUGAAGAUUACGACCAUUUCGGUGAACUGGGCACGCCAAAGAAAGUCGCCGCCAAACGUAAAGCGCCCGAACCUAGUCCCUCCCCGAGGAAGCGAGUUCUGGUGGAAAAAGUCAAAAAUUCGCAACCUGAUCGAGAAAUGCUUGCCGUUAAAACCGAUGAACUGCGGAAAGAGAUCGUGAGAAAGCGAAGCCAGUGGAACUACGCUUUGAAAAAGAAAUAUGCGAAAAGAGUUUUGGACAUGGAAAUGUCUAGUGACGAGGAGAAGAAGAAGCCAAGCGCAGCUAGAUUACCCGUGUCUUCCCCGGCAAAGAAGCAACUCAGCUUUUCUCCGCGACACAGAAUUUCGUCACCACCACCACCACAACCACCGACUGCGAAAAGCCCACGACGGGAAGACAAAAAGUUCGUCGAAAAACUUAACAAGCUUGCCAAGGAUGGGCGAAAAAGAAAACCGUCGGUAUCCGAGUCGGACCGAGAAAUUCUCAAGAAACCAAAGUUAUCGCCGAAGAGUUCUCCAAGUGCGAGUGGUGUAGAGUCAAAUCUCGUUGAUUGGUCUAUUCGCGGUAAAACGAAGGCUACCGCUCCGAAGAUGAAGAAUACCGAAGCCCUGGCUGCCAAAUAUCGCAAGAAAGUUGGCCGCAAAAGAAAAUCUGACGACGAUAAAUCUAAAUCUUUCAGCGACAAGAAAGCUGGAAGAAAUAAGGAAGAGCUGUUCUGUUUGUGUAAAACGCCUUAUGACAAUCAGAAGUUUUACAUCGGCUGCGAUUUCUGCGAGAAUUGGUAUCAUGGAUCUUGCAUAAAUGUUACACCUGCACAGGCCACCACGAUGAAACAGUACAAAUGUCCCGAGUGUCAAGCCAAAGAAACUAAGCCUGUCGCAUCGAAAAGUCCGGCUGUACCGGAGAAGGAUGCGAAAACGCCGAAGUCAACCAAGAAAAUCAAGUCUGAGAACGAAUCAGAACCCGAGACAAAACCCACUCCCGCGACUUCGUCGCGAAAAACAAAACCGCCCGCAAAGUACACCAGCGUUCCUGAAUCAUCACCCAACCCUCGAACGCCGAAACAGAAGGUGAAAACUGAGUCGGUGCAAAACGGAGCCGUGUCUUCCAAAUCGAAGGGAAAGUCGCCUAUGUUGACAUCUGCGAAGGCAUCACCUCUUAUUAAAACAGAGAAGAAGCCGCAAAAGCAAACCAAAGUCGAGGCUAAGUCUGCAAAGAAAGAUUCGACUCCGGUCGCGUCGAGAGGAGGUACCAAAGACAGUGUGAAGUCGAAAUCGGCUUUGAAGGAUACCGCGAAAUCUUCGUCGAAAAAAGACGUCAAAAAAGGAAAAAAGAAGCAGGACGCGGAUUCCGAGUCGGAUGAGGUCUAUUGCACGUGUCGCAAACCCUAUGAGCCUACGAAGUUUUACAUCUGUUGUGAUGAAUGCGGGGAUUGGCUCCAUGGAACUUGUGUGGGCAUUUUGGCGUGCGAAGCUGAAAACAUCAAACGGUAUUUGUGUCCCUCGUGUGGACCAAAGACUCCUUUGAAUAGUGUCAAUUUCUCAAGGUUGAAACAAAACACUUUGGACGAACUGAAGGCUUUCAUUCUCGACAUCAAAAAAUUGAAGCAUGCCGAUCCUUUUCUUGAAUUGGACUUCAAAAAGGAACCGGUUUAUAAGAAAAUUAUUUCGGAGCCUAUGGAUUUGAAAACGAUUGAAGAUAGGCUGAACGAGGGAGAGUACCUUAAACUCAAGGAUUUCAUUGCCGACUUGGUGCGGAUAUUUAGCAACUGUCGGAUAUUUUAUCCGGAUACUUCGGAGCGCUUCCAAGCUGCGACGAAACUGGAAGGGGAUGUUAGUAAAAAGAUAAAGGCUUUUCGUCGUAAGAUUGCCCGCAGCCUAAAUCUGGACGCUUCUGGCCUUUGAAAAAGCCGCUUUUAUGGGGAUCUAACGUUUGAUCGUUGAGCAAUGCGGACGAACGAUCUCCUAGAAAACAAAACGAUUGCCUGUUCGAACCUUCGGAGAACCGUCAUUUGUGUGCGCGGAGACGCUUCGGGUUCAUUUUUCCUUUUUGAGUUGCUUAUUUUCAUCACUGUUUUUUAUUAUUAAUUUUGUAUGGUUGAGGUUUUCGUGUGCAGAAAUUUGUAAUGUGAGAUGAGCCAAAUCGUCGUGCUAGACAUUGCUUAUUUAUUCUGUCUUACGUGGCGAUCAGAGUACAAUUCUUAAUCCCACAAGGUAAACGCAUAUAAAGGUUUUUGUAUAUUUGUGGAAUUCUUAUUCCUUGACCCAGCUUCUUUUGAAAGAUGUUAUUUUGAUUCUCCUGCUGACGUUCCGUUUGGAUUCACACGAAAAUGUGACCGACCCUUUGUCUUGGAUUUACUUUUCGCCUCUACAAUGACGAUUUUCCUUUGCUCUCGGUAUUCGGAUGUGAGUGGAAUGAAUUUAUACAACAUGAAAAGAAA